AUGUUUUCAUUGCUCAACAGCCGGAAAAGGAGACGUGAAGAAUUGACAGCCACAUCGAAUUCAACAGUAGAAGCAGACGAAGCGGAAGAAGUUAUCGAAGAAUCCUAUCCACAGGAUCUGGAUGGAGUAGAUGAUCAUUGUGGAGAACAGGAGGAAAUGGAUAUAACAGAAAGUAAUAGUAAUAAUCUUAAUCAAACAGUAACUCGUGAACCGGCGAGUUUUGUGUGUAACUCAAGCCAAGUAUAUUCUGAGAAAUCAGAGGAAAGGAGUAGUCAAGAAUCUACGGGUCUUAAUGCAUCCGAACUUGUUUUAUUUGAUAAAAGCAAUCAAGUUACACAUGCAAUCAUUAAAAGUCAAAAUAAUUUGAAUAAUAUUAGUAUCGCUUAUGAUAAUCAAGUAUAUUCUGAGCAAUCAGAAAAAAGGAGUAGUCAAGAACCUACGGGUGUUGAUGAAUCCGAACUUGAAUUAGUCCAUGAAAGCGACAAAACUUCGAAUGCAUGCAAUUUGACUAAUAGUAGUUCUAGUAAUAAUCUUAAUAUAGUUAAUGAUAAUCGUCAAGUUUAUUCUGAGCAAUCAGAGAAAAGGAGUAGUCAAGAACCUACGGGUGUUGAUGAAUCCAAACUUGAAUCAGUCAAUGAAAGCGACAAGAUUUCACGUGCAUGCAAUUUGACUAAUAGUAGUUCGAGUAACCUCAAUAUAGUUACUAAUAAUGAUCAAGUUUGUUUUGAACAAUCAGAAGAAUUGAUUAGUCAAGAAUCUAUGGAUCUUGAUGAAUCCAAACUCGAUUUAUUUCAUGAUAGCAAUACAGUUUCUCAUAGUCAUAAACAAAGCGAAAAUUCUGAUAAAUUUGGGCAUGACAAAGCCAAUGAUACUAUAUUUUCUGAAUAUUCUUUUUCAUCCAGCGUUUCCGAUCAUGAUGAUGUUGAAUUUGAAUCAAAUUCUGUUGAUAAUGAUUCGGAUAAUGAUUUGGAACAAGAAUCUGAAAAGUCUCCAGAAAAUUCAUCAUCCCCAUUGCAAAAUUGUGAUUCCCAUAACGAUGCCCAAAAUAACACUGAAGCAUCAUCUUCCGAAAAACCAACAGACAUUGAGUCUAUUAUAAGCGGUUGUCGAAUAGUUGAACUCGCUCAUUUUAUAAAAGAGUUUACAAAGUUAGGUGAUUCUAAGAAUCAUCUACCUAAUUGUGCUAGACAAGGGGAAAACUUCCAUUGUUUUAGAAAGUUAGAUGUCGGCUUAAAUACUUUAUUGUACUGGAAGUGUCUCGAAUGUAAAAUGAUUGCUACAUUUUGGACAAAUCCAGUAAAACAAGAAAAUAAAUUCUAUAUCAAUGAAACUACCACCAUAAGCGUUAUUGGUUCUGCAAGUUCUUUCGCAGCAUUUCAGACUAUUUUGGCUGUGUUUAAUAUACCGUGCAUUACAAAUAAAACUUACGAAAAACAUCGAAGGAAACUAGUUGAACCUCUUCAAAACGUUCUUGCUGAAGAAAUGCAUAAAAAUGCCUUAGAAGAAGCCCAAAUCGCCAUUAAAAAUGGUGAUGUUACCCCCGAUGGUAUUCCUCUCGUAAAAGUUAUAACUGAUGGCGUCUAUGAUAAACGAAGUUAUAGAGGAGGCAAACAUGAUUCUCUUGGAGCUUCAGUUGCAGUUAUUGGUUGCGCUACUUAG